AUGACGGAGGUCGAAAACAGGUCGGGUGGGUCGACCCUACAAAUUGUCCUAAUCGCGUCCAUAGCGGCCGGGCUACAAUUCGGGUGGGCCCUCCAACUGUCACUUCUCACACCUUACACACAACUUCUUGGGGUGGCUCACCAAUGGGCCUCGAUAGUCUGGCUAACCGGGCCCAUAUCUGGCCUGCUCGUCCAACCCAUUGUCGGCUACUUCAGCGACAAGCUAGGAAGGCGUGUCCCUUUCAUAGCGUCCGGUGCUGCCCUUGUGGCAGUUGCGGUUGUCCUGAUUGGGUACGCUGCCGAUAUGGGCCACAACUUGGGGGACCCGCUCGAGAGGACCGUGCCGAAGCCUAAGGCCCUACUGAUUUUCGUGAUCGGAUUUUGGAUACUCGAUGUUGCAAACAACACCGUGCAGGGGCCGUGUAGGGCAAUGCUAGCCGACUUGUCUAACGGUGAAGCUCGAAAAAUAAGCACAGCCAAUGCCCUCUUCUCGUUCUUCAUGGCAGUUGGGAACGUGCUCGGGUACGCGGCCGGCUCCUACACUAAGUUGUACCGUAUCUUCUCCUUCACGCGCACCACGGCUUGCGACGUUUACUGCGCUAACCUCAAAAGUUGCUUCAUCAUCUCGGCCACUCUCCUUCUUACACUGACGACCAUUGCCCUCAGCAUCGUGCGCGAAAAAUCGGGCUCGGCAGCGGCCCGUAAAGCCUCAGCUGCAGCAUCCGAUGUAAAAGGUUUCCGUAUGCUCGGUGCCCUCAAGGGCUUGCCGAGGUCCAUGUGGCUUCUCAUGCUUGUCACGUGCAUCAACUGGGUCGCAUGGUUUCCAUUUCUUUUGUACGACACAGAUUGGAUGGGUCGGGAGGUUUACGGAGGUGCCGUGGGGGAGGAACUUUAUGAUCGUGGGGUCCGCGCCGGUGCUAUGGGCCUCAUGCUACAGGCAGUCGUGCUCGGGUUUUCGUCGUUGGGUGUGCAGGUAAUGGCGACGGGGAUAAAGCGUGUAAAGCAGCUUUGGGGAGCGGUCAACAUUAUUUUGGCAGUCGGGUUGGGGAUGAUGGUGCUCAUCACCAAGUUAGCCAAGGAGGCGAGGGUUGCAGCUGGGGGAAUGCUCGACGCUCCGCCAGCUGGCGUGAAAGACGGGGCGUUGGCCAUAUUUGCCGUGCUCGGAAUUCCGUUGGCGGUGAACUUUAGUCUUCCGUUCGCCUUGGCGUCCAUCUAUUCGUCGAACUCAACAACCGCCGGACAAGGUCUAUCGCUUGGGCUCCUCAACCUCGCGAUCGUCAUUCCUCAAAUGAUAGUCUCGGUGUCGAGUGGGCCGUUGGAUGAGGCAUUUGGUGGCGGCAACCUUCCGGCAUUUGUGAUGGGAGCAGUGGCUGCCGUCAUAAGCGCGGUUUUGGCCGUCACAGUACUGCCGACGACAACACCCUCAGGUGGGUCGGUCAACAUUGUGGCUGCCGGUGGACAUUGA